AUGACUGAAGACUCGUCCGCCGCAGAUGCCAGCUUCAAACUGGCCGACGGCCAUGGCUACAUGCUCGAUCGCAGCCACCUCGCUGCCUGCCGACUGAAUCUCCAACAUUUUCUCUGGCGAGAGGUCUUCCAGUUCAGCAUCCACCCGACCAUCCAGCGCCAGCUGCCCAUCUACCCAGACCGACCCCUCGUCAUCGCCGACGUCGCCGCCGGAACCGGCCUCUGGCUGAUCGACGUCGCCCGCGAACUGCCUCCAACGACGCAGCUGGAGGGACUGGAUAUCGACCUGACCCAGGCGCCGCACCCGCACUACCUGCCCCCGAACAUCCGUCUGCGCGAGUGGGACGUCUUCGACGAGGUGCCCCCAGAUCUGGUGGGUAAGUACGACCUCGUCCACGUGCGCCUGCUGGUGAUGGUCCUGUCGGGCGUUGAUCCCCUGCCUGUGAUCCGCCAUCUGGCCCAGCUCGUCCGGCCGGGCGGCUACCUGCAGUGGGACGAGCUCGACUGCGUGAACAUGCACGUCAAGAGGGUCAACCCGUCGGUACAGUCGCCAGCGCUGGACGAGCUGGUCCGGAUGUCCUAUUCGGACGGGCGCCACAACUGGCCGCUCGAGCUGCCCAAGCUUUUGAUGCAAGACGGCUUGUUUGAGGACGCCCAGCUGGAGUGCUAUGGUGACCCGCCCGGGGUAGUCCGCGCCUUCAACGACAUGCACCUGCUCACCAUGGACGAGUUCGCCUCCCGCCUGAUCCAGAUCGGCCAGCACGAGGCCGCCGCCAAGUUUUAUCGAAUCAUCCGGGAUGGCUAUCGCGAUACCGAGUUAGUACUACUCGAAAUUCAAAAACCCGCCGGCAAGCCGACGAAAAAGAGUUCGGUCGGUCUGUCAGCCUUCGCUUCUGUGGAAAAGCAGUUCCCCUCGGAACAACGUGUCAUCGUCGGUGUCGAUGUCGGAUAUUAUCGCGCUCUUGAGAUGCGGAAAUCUCGUGUUGUGGUGAUGGUAAAUCGCCUCGACCUACCACUGUGGAGUGUAUUCCGAAUCUUGAAGGGCUAUUUGCGGAGGACCGUACUCCUAUGGUCGCGAAAUCCAUGCUCAGAUUCACUAGUUAUUCAGCAUCAUCCUGAAGACCGUGUAUUUCACAUCCGGCCUUCGACUGCGCUAUGCAGACAGAUAGCGGAAGAGCUAACGACAGAGUGCGCGCACCCAUCUUUUGGCGUGGUGAGCAGUUGGAUCAAACAACUAUGUGACUUCCGGCGUCUGACAGCCAGAACUUUUCCACAAGGUAUUAUAAGAGAGAUUAAGAAGGUCUUUGGGCACAAGCGGACGGAGCCAGACUUUGAAGACCUGAAAGAUAUUUUUGCCUCCCUUUUUCAUUACGUGCCGGAUACAAUUUAUGUCCUCGAUGGACUUGACGCUCUAGAUCAGGCACAUUGCAAGAGUCUGUUAACGUUCUUCCGGUCACUAUUUUGUGGCUCCCUGUCACCGCAAGGUUCGCGAAUUCUCUUCCUCAGCAGGGAACAACUUCCAGGCUACGUAAACAUGGCUACGUUCAUGCCGGGAAUUCGUCAGAUCUCGACUUCAUCCAACGUUAUGCAAGACAUUAAGACUUACAUCGAAACGAGUAUCGCCGAUAAAACAAUGUACAGAAAGCUUACUGAUGAUCCCCUAUUGCGAGAAAAGAUAAAGCAGGUACUUCUGACUGAGUCUUCAGGAAUGUUCUUGUGGGUGUAUCUCCAGCUGGAAAUUCUCUGGGAUACAUGUUUUACCGACACAGAAAUACGAUCAGCCUUAAGUGAACUACCAAGAGACCUGGAAGAAACGUAUCGCUGUUGUGUGAAGAGAAUAAAAGACAGUCGUGCUCUAAAGGUACUCAAAUGGAUUAGCUUUGCAAGCAGGCCGCUUCACAUUGAGGAAUUGAGGGAAGCCGUUGCCUUUGAUCUGCAAGAUACUGCGUGGGACGCUGGAAACAUACCACGGGAAGAUUUUGUUAUUGGCUGUUACGCGAAUCUUGUAGUUGCCGAUCCAACUGACAACUGCGUUCGCUUUGCACACUCCUCCGUGAAACAAUACCUUGAAAGGGAUCGAGGAAGUUGCAUUCCAGGGUAUCCUAUCAGUGCAGAGCAAGGCGAACUCGAUACGUCGACAGUCUGGGAGAAAUUCAAACAGCUCGCAUUAUCUUUCAAUGAGUCGUGGAACUUCCACCCUUGGGUGCCUGGUGGUCGUUCACCUCUCUCCCAACUACAUGGGGUCUUCGGAUGGGCGGUCAAGGAACAACACAUGCCUCUUCGGUCCAUUGCGCUGAAUUUCAAACAAGAUUUACAGAGAGUCUGCAAUCUUCCGCUAAUAGGGGACCGCCUUCCUGCGCUUCAUGUGGCAUCGAAACUUGGAUACUCCAACGUAGGCGAGGUUCUUUUGGAUAUCUGCAAAGUUAAUGUGCAAGACGAAGAGGGAUGUACCGCUUUACAUCACGCAGCUAGCAAGGGUCACGUGAAAGUCACACAAUUGCUUUUACGCGCAAAGGGGGAACUCGUGUCGCUUCUUAUAGAAAGGCAAGCGGAUUUUAAUGCAAAUUGCACAAACGAUGGCUGGACACCCCUCUCACAGGCCGCAAGGAACGGGCACUAUGCAGUAGUGAAGCUUCUGCUCGAGAAAGGAUCUCCCCUAGAAUCUCAAGAUGCAGCUGGUCGAACAGCUCUAUGGUGGGCUGUAGAAAAGGGACAUGAAGCAGUAAUAAAGCUGCUGCUUGAAAAAGGAGCAAACCCGGAUUCUGCAGUUACUGGUGGUGGUGCAUUGCUAGCAUGGGCUGCACAAAACUAUGAGGUGAUCGCAAACUUACUUUCUGCGAACCCGACCAAGUUCGAUUUUAAGAAUAAUCAUGGAUUGACACCACUAUUAUGGGCUGCAUUCUGGGGACAUACAGAAAUUGUGAAACUCCUGCUUGAGAAGGGUGCUGAUAUAGAGCCUAAAGAUCGCUAUAAUCAGACACCACUAUUAUUGGCUGCAAGAUGGGGGCGUAUAGAAGUUGUGAAAUUCCUGCAAAGGGUGCUGAUAUAG